AUGGCGCUGAGCAGAGUCCGCCUGUUCCAGUCCCACGGGGAGGGCACCCGGCUCCUGCCCCAGGCAUCCAGGCUGGUGGAGCUGCCCUACUCCUCGUUUGAUGAUGAUGACACGUCCUCGUUUGAGGACGACAACACGGCUGAGCAGGACCCCGGGGUGUGGUACCCUGACCCCCCCAAACUGAGCCCCUUCAGCCACUGUGUGCGCUACCUAGCCUUCCUCUGGAACCUCCUCUUCCUCCUGCUGGGGUUGCUGACCCUCGCUGUGGGCAUCUGGGGGCUGCUGGCCAAGAGCCCCCUGCCCGGGGGGCUACCCCUGAGCUCAGACCCCAUGCUGCUCUUUGUGCUGGCAGGGCUGGGGGCCAGCGCUGUGUCCCUGGCUGGUUGCCUGGGUGCUUUCCGAGCCAGCCCCUGCCUGCUGCGCUUCUUCCUGGGUGCUGUGCUGGCUUUUGGGGGUCUGGAGGUGCUGGGGGGGCUCCUGCUGCUGCUGGCACGGCGGCGGCUGCGGGAUGCGCUGUGGGAUCUGCUGCUGCUCUGCCUCCUGCGCUACCAGGACGAUCCUGACCUGCAGUUCCUGGUGGAUGAGGUGCAGCGGAGCCUCCAGUGCUGCGGCCUCGAGUUCUACCGUGACUGGGAGAGCAACCCGUACUUCAACUGCAGCGCCCCAGGUGUGCAGGCGUGUGGUGUCCCUGCCUCCUGCUGCCAGGACCCGCUGGAGAAUGGCUCUGUGCCCAACAUCCAGUGUGGAUUUGGGGUGCUGGGGCUGGGGGCAGCAGCAGCUGGGGCUGUGGUGCACACGGGGGGCUGUGGGGCCGCGUUGACCGCGUGGCUGCGGGGCCAGGCUGGGGCCAUCGCUGCUGGUGCCACCAUCCUGCUGCUGCUGGAGGCUGUGGGAGCACUCAUGGCACUGAGGGUGCUCAAGGAUAUUACAGCUGUGAGGGUGUGGGAGUGA